UGACAUGUUUAUUAAUGGUGACGUCAUUCUCCGUUUGUGUCACUCGGAGCAUUUCUUCCAGGUACACGCCUCUUAUGCAGGUACGCAGGACUUUUACCUUCUACCUGUAACUUCUUGCAAUUAUUCCGUUCUUCUUCAACUUCCUCUCAUUCACAUUCGGUGGGAGAGGGGUCAAUUUCAGCAUGUCUCGGCGCGACAUAUUGGUUGCGCGCUCCAUAGUCUAUGCUAUCCUAACCAGCAAGGAAGACGGCGAGCCCGCUCGCAAAGCCUCAUGCCUAAAACGAAUCCUUCGUUUCUUUUAUAUCUACUGGUUGACCUUUCGACCGGUACGGCCGGAUCUAUUCAAGGCGCUGCGUGGUGUUUGGCAGAUCAAGGAAGAUGAUUACAGGGAAAGCUUCGACAUCAACAAACAGAAGCUCAAGAAUAAGAAGGACAAGAGAGCCCUUGUCCCUCUGGGCGAUAUGGGUUACAGCGGUUCCACAUUCUUCCAUACCAGCGAUAACCGCUUUCUAGUGAAGUCUAUCCCCAGGCAUUUCGAGCACGACUUCUUCAAGAACGAUAUGUUAUUGCCCUAUGCCGAUCAUGUUCGUGCCAACCGUUCCAGCCUAUUGGUGCGCAUCACCGACUUCCUUGAGAGUACCCACCAGAGCAUCGGCGUCAUGUUAGGCCUCGCGCCGAGCCAUCACAUCAUCAUGGAGAACAUCCAAUAUGGCAAACCCCAAGAAGCUCAAGGAAAUUCGAACCCGAAAUGGGAAGCCUGGGAUCUCAAGCCCACCUCAUAUUUCUUCCCCGAGAGAGACAUUGCUGGAGGGCUCUUGGCUACCGAGGCGACCAAGUCGAAGCUUGCCGACGAAUUCCACGACAAGAUUCGGCUCUCAGAGGCGCAAGCCACUCAAUUCAAGCGCCAGCUUGAAAAUGACACUAUGCUCCUUGCUAAUUCCAAUGCCGUCGACUAUUCGCUCUUUCUUGUCCGGAUCUCCGCCAUGCACUCGCCGGAGGCGGGAUUCCCAUCGCCAUCGCCACCGCAGACAGGACAGGCCGGCGACGAACAUAAUCCUCCCGCUCAGCCCCCCUUUACCCCUCCCAAUCCACCAAGCUGGCGCACGGGAGUGGAGUCAAGUAAUGGCAAAGAGGUCUAUAGAGCGGCUAUACUGGAUUUCUUCUGGGCAAAGCACACAGUCCACGCGAAGGCAAUGACCGGAUUGGUCAGGGGCUACAAUCUUAUCGAUAAUCGAGGACCUAUGAGUAUCACUGCCGACAGCAAGGAGUAUCGGGAUCGGUUUCUAAGUAUGUGUACGGAGCUUGUCGAAGUACAGGAGUAGGGAAUAGGGCAGGUGUAUUUUACCUAGCAGGUCGUGUAGGGCGUUUAUGGGAAGAGGGUUAUUCCUGGAGGUUAUGGUGUCCUACUAUUUCUACUAUCUUGUGGCUGUACAAGGUUAUGAACUCUCAAGAUACCCCUAGAUACUUUCACCAAUCCAUAAGUCACAUAGGAAUUGGCUUCCUAGUGGUGGGCAGAUUUCAUUAAUUUUCUAUUAUGGGACGGUAUUCUAGGCGAGUGCUUGGAGUACC